AAAGGAUUCAAAUUUACACCAAACUCUCACAAAUUGCACUGAUUGUUCCCAACAGAGUUUUCCCUUCCCUUACCUUCUUCUCUCAUGGAUUCCCUCUCUGUUUCCAGCAAUGGAACACUCAUCAUCAAACCUCAAACUCUUUCACUUUGUCACUCCAACUAAACCCUUCAAUUUCGUAUCAUGACGUGUAAACCGAGAAUGGGUUGUCUUAGAAUUACUUCAGUAUUGUUUCUACUGAUUGUAGUGAGCGCGAGUAGUUGAUUUUCUCUCCUUUCAUAGAAGGUUUUUUUAUGCUUGUUUUCGUAGAACAUAUGUAUAAUUAAAAAAAAUGAUAUCAGGAGGGGUAAAUUUGGUGAUGACAGUUAUAGGUUUUACAGUGAGUGUUAUGUUCAUAGUGUUUAUUUGUACACGUCUGAUUUGUGCUCGGAUCAGUGCUUCUCGGAGAUCCCUCGCAGUUUCUUCAAGAUCUGAUCUUAGUAUACUCGAGCGGGGUAUACACGGUCUUGAGCCUGUUGCAAUUGCAAAUUUCCCGACAAAGACUUUCUGUGAUGAGUGCUUCUCAGCUAACAAGGAUGCUCAGUGCACAGUUUGCCUUUCGGAAUACCGCUGCGAAGACACCUUACGAAUCCUCCCAUAUUGUGGGCACUCCUUCCAUGUAACCUGCAUUGAUAAAUGGCUACAACAGCAUUCCACAUGCCCUGUUUGCCGAAUAUCACUUCGGGAAUUCCCCGAGAAGAAAAGGUUGAUGCAACCGUUGUUCAGUUCACCGAAUCGAUCUCAUUUUGGCACAGAGUCUUUUGACAGGCAUGCGUACAACUGUUUGUCGAGAGGGCACCGUUUUCCAUCGAGAGCCCGUGACAACCCUGCGAUGGAACUGAUUCAAGAGAAUUCUUUUGCAAGAGGGGGAACAAAUGUAAAUUUAGAAGCAGGGGAAAACAUGUCCCGUACAAUUGAAGAUGAUGAAAACGCCACUAAAGAGACAAGAAAGAAGCAUGCGGAAUGCCAAUCAAACCCUUGAAUUAUGUUAGUUUGUUGAUUGUAAAGAUCUCCUGCU